AUGGUCCUUGGCUGGCUGCUGCUUCUGGUGUUGGUUCUUUGCCCAGGUGCGACAGGCAUCAAGGACUGCGUCUUCUGUGAGCUGACCGACUCCACUCAGUGUCCGGGCACAUACAUGCACUGCGGGGAUGACGAGGACUGCUUCACAGGCCGAGGAAUAGCCCAGGGCGUGGGGCCCAUCAUCAACAAAGGCUGCGUGCACUCCACCAGCUGUGGCCGCGAGGAGCCCGUCAGCUACAUGGGGCUUACCUACAGCCUCACCACCGCCUGCUGCGCCGGCCACCUUUGCAAUCGGGGUACUGGCCCUGCCACAGGGGCUCUCAGCCUGGCACUGGGUCUGCGGCUGCUCCUGGGCCUGUCGUUGCUGCUUCGCUACUGGCUGUGA